AUGGCCCGUCUCAGCAUACCCCUCGAUGCCCUUACCUCUCGCCUCAAUCUUGGUGAUCGCUUUGCCAGCGUCAGGGCACAGUCGCUAGGAACAAGAUUCGCCAACCUCAAGCCUAUCUCCGAGUUUCUGGAUCUGAAAAGACUGUCUAAACCUGCGAAUUUCGGUGACGUCCAAACCAGAGUCAACUACAACCUGAGCUACUUCUCUAGCAAUUAUGCAGUCGUCUUUGUCAUGCUCAGCAUAUAUAGCUUGCUGACAAACCUUCUGUUGCUCUUCGUCAUCAUACUUGUCGUGGGGGGCAUGUGGGGAAUUGGUAAACUGGAUGGAAGAGAUCUCGACCUUUUCGGGUUCAGGGCAUCUUCAUCACAGCUCUACACCGGUCUGUUGAUCGUCUCGGUGCCGCUGGGGAUCUGGGCAUCACCCAUAUCAACAGUCCUAUGGCUCAUUGGAGCAACUGGAGUCAGCAUCCUUGGUCAUGCUUCAUUCAUGGAUAGACCGAUAGAGAAUGCUUUUUCCGAGGAGGCGGUCUAG